AUGAAAGAUGUCUUGUGGGUUGAUGCGAGAAGUCGUGCAGCGUAUGAGUAUUUUGGGGACGUUGUAUGUUUUGACGCUACCUACCUUACUAAUGAUUAUGCACUUCCUUUUGAUAAUUUUGUGGGAGUAAAUCACCAUGGUCAAAGUAUAUUACUAGGAUGUGCUUUAAUAUCUCACGAGGAUGCUGAAAGUUAUACUUGGGUCUUUAGUACUUGGGUGAAGUGUAUGGGUGGUAAAGCGCCUAAUUGUUUUCUUACUGAUCAAGAUGCUGCGAUGUGGAAGGCGUUGGUGAAUGUUAUGCCCGGAACUUGGCACCGUUGGUGUUUAUGGCACAUUCUUAUGAAGUUUGGUAAGAAGCUGGGUUUGUAUGAGGAGAGGAUGAUGUGGGCUCCGGCAUGUAUGAAGCACAUAUUUUGGGCUAGUAUGAAGACGACGCAACAUUCAGAAUGUAUUAAUAGUUUUUUUGACGGUUAUGUGCAUAAGAAUACGAAGCUGUGUGAUUUUGCGAAACAAUACUGCAAUGCUAUGGAGAGUAGGGCAAAUUCUGAGAAAGUAGCAGACGCAAAUAGUAGUAGGUAUGUAAGACAACUUGCUACUGAUUGUAAAGCGGAGGUUGUGUUCCAAAAACUAUACACAGAUGGUAAGUUUAAGGAAGUGCAAGCGGAGUGUCUUAAAAUGUUGUAUGUCCAUUGGAGAAGGGUUCAAAAAUUAACACACAAUAUAGAGGAGCACACAUUUACAGAUAGAAUAUGGGUUAUAUGCAAGGAUACUAAGAAGAAGGCGGCUUGUGGUGAAGUUGAUCUAGUAGUCGAAGCACUUAAGUUGCUUGAUGAUCGCAUAAAUGAGAGGAAGGCAUUGAAGAUUACUAGUAAUGGACCGAAAGAAGACACUCCUUCAUCUGUGGGUAAUAAUACAAUUAGACAAGAUGUUACUCCUGGUUCGGUUGAUGAUGAAGAAGCCUGCAAUUCAGAGAGCGAUUAUGAUGAAGGUCAUGAAUUAGGGGGACAGGUCCAAGAAAUAGCCCAUGUUUUAUUUUUGUUGGAGCCACUUGUCUCUUCGAUUUGUUUUAUUUAA